GCCCCUCCGCGCCACCCGCAAGCAGUCCACGGCUGGGAGGUGCCGCGCGUCCCGCAGCCCUAACGCUGCUCCGGCCGUGCCCGGGGAGCUCCCGAGGCCAGCCGGGAUGGCGGCCCCGCAGCGCGCCCGCGUUUCCUCGGGGAAGGCGUAGCCGGUGGCUCCCGCCGCGCCGGCACUUCCUGCGCCGUCCCCACCCCCGCCCGGGCCGGUCAUGGCGCGGCCGGCGGCCGCCUACGAGGUGGCGGUGCCGCCCCGCCCCGCCUGCGCCUACACCAGCUGCUACUGUGAAGAGAACAUUUGGAAACUUUGUGACUACAUCAGGAGUCGGGAUCAAUACCCUUUAGAAGAAUUUUAUGCUGUGUUCAUAUCCAAUGACAGGAGGAUGAUUCCACUCUGGAAGCAGAAAUCAGGACAUGGAGAUGAGCCUGUUGUCUGGGACUACCAUGUUAUUCUACUUCAUGUUUCCAGUGGGGAACAGAACUUCAUUUAUGAUCUUGACACAGUGUUGCCGUUUCCUUGUCCUUUUGACCUGUACAGUGUGGAGGCUUUUAGGCUGGAUGACGGCCUUCGUCCAGAAUUUCACAGGAAAAUCAGAAUGAUUCGAGCAGAUUUGUACCUGACGACGUUUGCUUCAGACAGAUCUCAUAUGAAGGAUGCACAUGGGAAAUGGCAGAAACCUCCUCCUUCAUACCCAUGCAUUCAAACUGCAGAUUCCAAGAUGAACUUGGAUGAUUUCAUCAGUAUGAACCCCAAAGUGGGAUGGGGCUCAGUGUUCCCCCUUUCAGACUUUGUGCAUCGAUUUGGCAGGCAGACUGAUUACAGCUAUUCCUUGGAAGGACAGUGAAGUGGACAAAGAAGUUCUCCUUGCUUCUGCUUUGAGUGGGUGUGUUUUGUUUUGCUGCUCUUACAUCGUAUUUAUGGUUUACAUUCUGUACAUGGAAUAAGUAUUUGGGGAAAUAGAAUACCCAAUCAGAAAUGUCAUGAACUGAAUAAAAACUUUUAUUUUGAUAA